AUGGCCGCCAUUGUCUUGAAGGCCAGACCCAAGGUGCCAGUAUCUUUUGAAGACGUGUCCGUGUACUUCACCAAGACAGAAUGGAAGCUUCUGGACCUCAGACAAAGGAUCCUCUACAAGAGAGUGAUGCUGGAGAACUAUCGUCAUUUGGUGUCACUGGGAUUUUUAUCCUCCAAGCCUCACCUGGUCUCCUGGCUGGAACAAGGGGAGGGGCCCCGGGCAGCAGACACCUGCAGAACACGGGCCGCUGCGGGGAUGCAGACAGGUGACGGGAUAGAGAACAGGACAUUGGUUUCAAAGCAGAAGCAUUGCCGAAAAGAACUCCCAAGGACCGAUCUUCAGGCCAGUAACAAGAGCCAGGUAGCCAGGCCAGACAUGCGGCAGAGAAGUAGCCCCAGUUGUAGGCAGGAGUCAGUUCUAAGGCAGCAGGGUUCCAAAGGUGCGGAGAGGCGCUACCUCUGUCAGCAAUGUGGGAAAUCCUUCAGCCGCAGCUCCAACCUCAUCAAGCACCGGGUCAUCCACAGCGGCGAGAAGCCCUACGAGUGCUCCGAGUGUGGGAAACUCUUCCGGCGCAGCUUCGCGCUGCUGGAGCACCAGCGCAUCCACAGCGGCGAGAAGCCCUUUGUGUGCAGCGAGUGCGGGAAGACCUUUACACGCAGCUCCAACCUCGUCAAGCACCAGAUCAUCCACAGCGGCGAGAAGCCCUACAAGUGUUCCGAGUGCGGGAAACUCUUCCGGCGCAGCUUCGCGCUGCUGGAGCACCAGCGCAUCCACAGCGGCGAGCGGCCCUACGCGUGCAGCAAGUGCGGGAAGACCUUCAGCAGGAGCUCCAACCUCAUCGAGCACCAGCGCACCCACAGCGGGGAGAAGCCCUACACGUGCAGCCAGUGUCCGAAAGCCUUCAAGGGCGUCUCCCAGCUCAUCCACCACCAGCGCAUCCACAGUGGGGAGAAGCCGUUCAAGUGCAAAGAGUGCGGGAAGGCCUUCCGGGGGUGCUCGGGGCUCAGUCAGCACCAGCGGGUGCACAGCGGUGAGAAGCCCUACGAGUGCAGUGAGUGUGGGAGAACCUUCAGCCGGCGAGCCAACCUCUUCAAGCACCAGGCCAUUCACAGCCCGGAGAGGCCCUGCGAAUGCCAGGACGGCGGGACGGCCUUCCAGAGCAGCCCCGUCCUCCCGGAGCCCCGGCCCGCGCACGCUGGCCAGCGGCCGCUCGCAGGCAGCCAGGGCCCGGGCGGGAGCGGCCUCGGCGGGAGGGCCCUCGGCGGGAGCGCCGGCCUUGCGGGGAGCCCGUGCGCCCGCGGCCACCAGGAGCCCUGCGCGAGCGGCCGGGGCGCCGAGUGCGGCAGCGCCUCGCAGGGGAGGCGGUGGCUGGGCCAUCCCCGGAAGCCCCGUGGCGGCACGAGGCCCUCGGAGAAGAGUGACAGCGGAACGGCGCCCGCCUCUCUGGCCGUCGGAAGGCCCCCUGCCGGGCCGCAGCCGGAGGGCCAGACCCUCGGAGCAGACUCGGUGGGUGCGGCGGCCGCCCGCGCCGUCUGA